ACUCCCUACAAACCCUUCAUUGCACACAUACGGAAAAUGGCUUCAGAAAAGGUUGAAACUGUAGUUGCAGGAAACUAUGUAGAAAUGGAAAGAGAAGAACCCAAAUCAGACUCCAUUAGAAGCAAGUUUUCUAAUCUGUUUUGGCAUGGAGGUUCUGUCUAUGAUGCAUGGUUUAGUUGCGCUUCUAAUCAGGUUGCACAAGUGCUUCUCACACUGCCUUACUCAUUUUCACAACUGGGAAUGGCGUCUGGAAUUACUUUCCAACUGUUCUAUGGUUUGAUGGGAAGCUGGACUGCUUAUCUUAUAAGUGUUCUUUACGUUGAAUACAGAACUAGAAAAGAAAGAGAAAAGGUGGAUUUUAGAAACCAUGUAAUCCAGUGGUUUGAAGUUCUUGAUGGGCUACUAGGAAAACACUGGAGAAAUAUUGGCCUCUUUUUCAACUGCACCUUUCUUCUCUUUGGAUCUGUGAUACAGUUAAUUGCAUGUGCAAGUAACAUCUACUACAUAAAUGACAAUCUUGAUAAGAGAACUUGGACGUAUAUAUUUGGAGCCUGUUGUGCCACUACUGUUUUCAUCCCAUCUUUCCACAACUAUAGAAUUUGGUCAUUUUUGGGUCUUGUCAUGACAACUUACACUGCAUGGUACCUAACUGUUGCUUCUCUCCUCCAUGGACAGGUUGAGGGAGUGAAGCAUUCAGGGCCAGCCAAAAUGGUUCUCUACUUCACUGGGGCCACAAACAUUCUUUACACAUUUGGUGGGCAUGCUGUCACAGUGGAAAUAAUGCAUGCAAUGUGGAAGCCACAAAAGUUCAAGCUAAUAUACUUGCUGGCUACCAUUUAUGUGCUCACUCUAACCCUACCAUCGGCUAGUGCUGUUUAUUGGGCUUUUGGAGAUAUGCUGCUUAACCACGCCAACGCCUUUGCUUUGCUCCCAAGAACUGGUUUUAGAGACUCUGCUGUCAUCCUCAUGCUCAUUCAUCAGUUUAUUACAUUUGGAUUUGCAUGCACUCCAUUGUACUUUGUGUGGGAGAAAUUCAUUGGAGUACAUGACACAAAAAGCUUGUUCAAGCGUGCAAUAGCAAGAUUACCUGUGGUUAUUCCCAUAUGGUUUAUUGCAAUUAUUUUCCCUUUCUUUGGUCCUAUCAAUUCCACUGUGGGAUCUCUUCUGGUUAGCUUCACAGUCUACAUAAUUCCUGCCAUGGCACACAUGAUCACUUUUGCUUCUGCACCUGCCCGAGAGAACGCAGUUGAGAGACCACCAAAAUUCCUUGGAGGUUGGGGUGGCGUAUACUCCAUGAACAUAUUUGUUGUAGUAUGGGUAUUUGUUGUUGGUUUUGGAUUUGGAGGUUGGGCAAGUAUGGUAAAUUUCAUACGUCAAAUUGACACAUUUGGAGUCUUUACCAAAUGUUAUCAGUGUCCUCCGCAUAAAGGUUGAGGAUAAGAGAGUAGAAAUUAACAUACGUAAGAAAGUGUGUAAAAAGGGUGGCAAAAUUUGUGACAUUUUUUUUUUCUUCCUUAUGUUUCUUGUAACAGUUUCUCUAGCUGUGUGUCCAGUUUGCUUUUGUUCAAGAAGUGCAAUUCCCUUUGUUUUUGUGGGCUUCCGUUUUAUAUAUAUGGAGCUUGUAGUAAGUUACGUUGUUCUAUGUUGCAAGUUAGUGCAUGUCACCCAAAUACAUAAUGUGGAUGUUUGGUA